AUGGCUGCGGUAAAGAGAAUUGUGGUGCUUCCGGGCGACCACAUCGGCCGCGAGGUCGUGGAGGAGGCGGUGAAGGUGCUUGGCGCCGUGGAGCAGAGCCUGUCGGACGUGCACUUUGACUUCCAGUACCACCUGGUCGGCGGGGCGGCCAUCGACGCCACGGGGUCGGCGCUGCCGGACGAGGCGCUGGGCGCGGCGAAGGAGGCGGACGCGGUACUGCUGGGGGCAGUUGGCGGACCGAAGUGGCAGGGCGGCGCGGUCAGGCCGGAGCAGGGCCUGCUGAAACUGAGACAGGAGUUGGGCGUGUACGCGAACCUGCGUCCCUGCAACUUUGCGGCGGACUCGCUGCUCGAACUGUCGCCGCUGCGCCCCGAGAUUGCCCGGGAUACCGAUAUUAUGGUGGUGCGGGAGCUGCUGGGCGGGAGCUACUUCGGCGAGCGCCACGAGGACGAGGGCGACGGAGUCGCGUGGGACACCGACAAGUACACCGUGAAGGAGGUGCAGCGCAUCGCGCGCAUGGCGGGGUUCCUGGCUCUGCAGCACGACCCGCCGCUACCUGUGUGGUCGCUGGACAAGGCGAACGUCCUGGCCAGCUCCCGCCUGUGGCGCAAGACCGUGGAGGAAACCUUCCAGAGUGAGUUCCCAAACGUGCAAUUGCAACACCAGUUGAUAGAUUCAGCUGCAAUGAUUUUGGUCAAGAACCCGCGGGCGUUCAACGGGGUCGUGGUGACGAGCAACAUGUUCGGGGACAUUAUCUCUGACGAAGCGUCGGUGAUCCCAGGGUCCCUAGGGUUGCUGCCAUCGGCCUCGCUCGCGUCUUUGCCGGAUAGCAAGAGCGCCUUUGGCCUCUACGAGCCCUGCCACGGCUCUGCGCCCGAUCUGCCCGCCGGGAAGGCGAACCCGAUCGGAUGCAUCCUCUCUGCUGCCAUGAUGCUGAAGUUGUCGUUGAACAUGGUUGCUGCCGGCGAGGCGGUCGAGCAGGCAGUGCAGGAGGUGUUGGACUCGGGAGUCAGAACGGGCGACCUGCUCGGCUCGAGCUCCACUUCGGAGGUUGGCGACGCCAUUGCGCUUGCAGUUAAGGAAGCCUUGCGCAGGCAAUCCGCAGCUGGUCUGAGCUAG